AUGGAGUUCCCAACCACACCUCCGUACCUUAAAGGCACUGCAGAAGUAUACGCCAUGGCAAACUUCCAAGCAGACACGCCGAUAUCUCCAGCUCCGUCUUCACCGGAGAAGCAAAGUUCUGCAGCCCGGGUUCCCACCUUCUCCAUUCCCGCCGAUCUAACACAGGCAGCCGUAGAAGCGAGCCCGCAGCUCAAGCGUCUCCAGCAGGAUCUCCUCGUCCUCACUAGCUUCGUCGACAACAGCAGCCUCACCUGGCGUCCAUCUUGGUUUUCCGAUGAUUCAAGCUACCAAUCCGUCUUCUGGACGUUGCAUAAUCCGCCUCAUGUCGUUACUGAGGAAAUGCCGAAGGAGGCCGUCUAUGGAAAGCAGGCAUUAUGGAGAGCGGGCGUGAUGACACGCCGGAUGCGCAAAGAAGGUGAUAGGGAGCCGCUGUGGAUGAAGACCCAGGCUCAGUGGGAGAGGUACUGCGACAUGUACGGUAUCCCGUAUGAUUUCCUUUGCGAGGACCAGAUCCGGCUGUUGAGGUUGGGACUUCCUCGGAGCAACGAUGGUCAACUUUGCGGUAAGUAA